ACUGGAAAAUACAUUUUCACUCAUCUUGUACAGCAUCGAGAGCUGAUGUAUAACAGUUGAACAGUAUGAUUAAAGUCAUCCUACCACUGAACCGUCAUGAGCAAGUUGCCAGCUGUUUGGUAUUUUUAAUGAAGGAAAUAAAAAGGGAAAAUUCGUACUAAAUUUCCUAAAUAAAUUUCAUUAUGGAAGAAAAGGGACUGAUCGCUGGAAUAUUGCAUUACCAACACUGUUUAGAUAAAUACGCCCGCAGAAAUGACGAGGCCAGGGUAUUGUACUGUCUUUCCAAAUUAUAUAAAAUGCCAAUAUGUAUAGAACAUUUAGAGAAAACAGGUGUGGGGCGCACGGUUAAUUCCUUGCGAAAGCUUAAUGGGGACAUAGGGGAAGCCGCUAAAACUCUGGUAGGUAAAUGGAAAGAAAUGGUUGCAGCAAUUAGUGACGAGAAAGAGACAAACAGUGUGCCAAAAAUAGAGCCUGCUAAAAAGCAAGAAACUGAUAAAGAAAAAUGCAAAUCUGAAAAAGAACAUAAUUCUAGUCAUAGAGGAAGUGAUAAAAGAUCAAGUUUUUUAACAGAAACAAAGAGCCAUUCUAGAAAAACGCAAGAGGAAUCUAGUUCUUAUAAUGAAGAUACAAAAAUUAAGCGAGAUAAUGGGAAGAGCCAUUAUUCUCAAUCUAGUUCCGUUAGUGACGAUGAGAAUACCUCGAAGAAAAGUGUAAACGAGUAUAAAAAUAAAAAAGAAUAUUCUAAACAUAAGUCGAAACGGAAACGUGAUAGUAGUGAAGAGUCACAGAAUGAAAGUGAUUCAGAAAAACAUAGAUCCAAGUUUCAUAAAAGUAGGGCAGAUGAAACUUUAACGAAAAACAAAAAGUUGGAUAAUAAACAACACGAUGAAAGCUCCGACGAAGAGACAUCACACAGCAAACAGACUGUACGUAAAAAAGUGGACGAUAAACCUAGCAAAUCUAGCAGUAAUCGUGACAAAGAUGUUGAUCGUAAAUCACAAGGAGGUAGUUCGUCAAAACAUCGAAAAACCAAUUCUAAGCGGUACACUAGUGAAAGCGAAGAAGAGGAAGUGGUAAAGUCGAAACAUAAAUCGCAUAGCAGUAGGGACAAGAGUAGUUCAUCCAAACACAAAAAAUCUAGCCGCGAUGAUGAAAAGGAGGAGAACAGGAAAUCGAAGCAUAAGCAAUCUAAGAAAGAUGAGAAGUCUUCCUCCAAAUGUAGGCCUAAGCAGCUGAGUGACAGUGAAGAGGAUACAAACAGAAAUGGUUUUGAUAGCGACGAGUCCGAUAAUGACGUAAAAGUUGAAAGAAAAAAGAUUCGAACCGAUGAGAAGAAAGACAAAGUAAAAGAUGAGCCGAAACUCAAAAAAUCAAAAGGUAGUUCCGAUAAAAGUGAUAAAAGACAUAGUAGUAGUAGUAGUAGUAAGUCUGAAAAAAAGAGUUCGCGUAAAUCAAACAUAGAAAUUGGUGAAAACGGUAUCUGUUCCGGAUCGGGCGCCAGCUUCGCGGAGGCUUUGGGCAUGUGCGUCUCCUCGAGUAAGGCGAGUAAGAAAAAAGUUGCAGUCGUACGUCCUUACUCUCCUGAUAACGCACCAUCUAAUGUUCCCGAGUUGCUGACGCCCACGAAGAAGUUAACACCGCUUGACGUUACCGUCGAUAAUUUACUUCCGGAAAUUACGCCGAAUUAUCGACCGAUGGGUUUACCGUACAGUACCGGUUCAAAAAAGGUUAUAAAUGACGAUGAAGUGCUUGGUGCCCUCAUGUAUUCUAAGAUUUCUCGAACAAAAGUGUACUCUGGAAAUAAGGUAGCGUGGGGUGCAGUUCCUAGUUUGUUUGAUAUUUGCACUCGAGUACUCCAAGAUAAUAUUGAUGCACUGGAAUACACGGGUGGUGUCCCAUAUCUUAUUCUCAAGCCUGUUAUUGAAAGAGCAAAUCCGGAUCAGUUAUUCAUGUUAGAACACCAUAACCCUUAUUUAAUCGAGGAUACCGACGAACUAUGGCAAUUACACUGCAAUAAGGAGUUUCGUUCGAAAAAACGCGAAGAACUAGAGACAUGGCGUGAUAUGUACAUGCGCUGCUUGGACGAACGCGAAGCAAAACUUCAAGCUCUUACGGCAAAUAUAAAACAAUCGCAGGACAAAUCGUUACCGGUCAGACAAACAAAACUCGCUUACGUGGAUAGUGUCGUAAAGCCGCCACGGAAUAUUUUACGCAAGCAGGCGAAGCACGGUACCGGAAGUUUAGAGAAGAGACCGGCCAUUACGCCGUCUGCUCGAUUAUCACAAAUUGCUGUGUCUGGUGCCGCUGGUCAAGUGGCUGUUCCUAAUCCGGGCCCUCGUGCUGCCUCAAGUGCUCCUUACUCGACAGCGAUAGUGAAGCCUAAGAAAGCGCCACUUAUGCAAAAAACCCUAGCUUUAAUGAAAAGUCGUAUCUUUCGAAGAUAGCUAGUAUUUUAUUUAUGUCUAAAUUAAGUGUUUUUAGUGGAUGACUAGCAUGAGCUCAUUCAUUUGUUACCAUUAAAUAAUGUUGUUUUCAGUGAUUAUUUUAUUUUGUGGCGAUUUAUUUAUUUUCAAAUGUUAACGUAUUUUAUUACUUUACAUUUCCAUGUUUGUUAUAUUGCAAUUUCACAUCACAAAGUCUUGUCUUUAUCGUUUUUAACAUUUCAGGUCCUUUAUAUCCGUAUUGUUCUCUUUUAAUUGUUCUAACUACAUCCUCAUUUCAUUCUUAUGAAAUCGCACAUGUUUUACCAACAUAAGGAAUUCAAUAAUUACAAAAAAAACUGUAGAAGUUUGAAUCUCAAUAAGCCGGUAUUAAUAAAGCCAUGUUGUCAGCUGACAAUAUUGUUAAAGCAUGUGAUUGGAUGUUUUUGCAAAGAAUCGUCCAAUCACAUGCCUUGACAACAACAUAGUCAAGUAUGGCUUUAUAAUACCGGAAUACGGAAACGCCACAGAAAAAUCCUAAUGAAAUUUGGUAAAGACGUGUUUAGUUAAACAUUAAGUUAAGUAUAGCCAUUAAAUGUUUAUGUGGCGCUUAUAUUACACUCGAUGUAGUUAGUCUUUGCACUGUUUCAGUGAAAUUAAGAACAAGUAUACACAUUUUUCCAAUGUUUUUACUAAGCUAAAAUGUAACUUUACAGAAGUUGGGAUAUGCGGUUCAUUAAUCUUAAUAUUUUAUUGUAGUUUAUUUUUUAAAAGUCUGAGAAGAGGUGUGAGUUAGUAACUGAUAUUGUUCAUACAAAUACUAUUGUAAAUAUCUUUGUAGUAGAUGUAGGUGAUGAAUAUACCAAGAUUUUAAUUAGA